AUGUUGACGCUGCCUGAAAAAGAAGAGGAAAUGUUGAGGAGACUUAACGUGGAUGACUUGCCGCAGACAGGACUUCAGGUAAAAGUUGUUUACCUAAAUCCUUCAGGGAAUGUUAUUGUAAGAAUUCCGCAAGACCAGCCAACCAAAACACUGGUGAAAAACCUGGCAUGUGAAAACUGGCGUGAAGUGUCUAAUGCGACAUUACAACACACUGAACUUGUUCCUGAAUUAAGAACCAGCAUCCGCAAAGUUUUAUCCAAGGAAUUCAGUGAAUAUCUGAAGUCUGAAACAAUGCUAUGCGCAAGAAACCCAGACGAAAUAGCCGGUUUUUCGAACAAAUUGUUCAUGGAAGAGGUGCGAAUUUUCUGCCCUCUAUGGUAUAAUUGCGUUAUCGGGGCAAGUGGUGUCUUGACCCAGGUAGAUGUGAACUCUGUUGCUAAAGAUCACAAUUCACUUGCCCUUGCCACCACUAUCCUGGCUCAUGUUAGGAAUUCUCAAGCGUCGGCCGUCCACUAUAGGAUCUCCACUAUAUUAUUCCAUAGCGGCGUAAAACAUGAUGACCUCAAUCGCCUCAAUCGUUUGGGUGUGUGCAUGUCUCUAGACUCCAUUAUUCGUCUUCAAAGCAAGAUGAAUGCACAGCUGGAAGGCAAAGUGAAGAUCUGGAAGGCUACAGUUGAAGAGAAUUGUGGCACUCUCAAGUUAGCCCACGAGGUGGUCCAGAAACAAGUUUCCUUGCCACUGAAUGUCAGUCAACAGUGCCUGGAGACAUACGACUUUUUUUCGUCAAAAGGUUACGAGUAUUUGAUAAAGCUAUUGGAUGAGGAGAAAGCAAAAAAGAGUGUUGAAACAUACACUAGAGCUCGUGUUCAUUCAGUCAUCAGAAGAUUGGAGAGUACCAAACUUCCCUUGCACAAGUGAGUAUAUAUUUUUUCUUUAACUGAGAAAUGUUUUAUUUUAGUUGGUUUUCAAGAUAUGUUCUUGAAUUAAACAGACCCUGGUUAUUGCUUUUCCCUUUUUCAGACGUAUAGAAUCUCACAGAUAAUACAACAUUUUUAUAAACAAAUAAAUGGAAGCACUUUAGCUUUGUCAAUUAAGUCAUACGUCCUCAUUGGUUCAUUUUAUCGUACUAGUUUUCUUUAAUGUUUUGAAUUUGGAAAUUCCUACUGUGUGUUUUUACUUUGUUCUCCAAAUAAAAAAGAUUGGUGGGGGACAACAUAGAUUAUGAAAUCCAUGCCAGAGUUCAGUCCCAAAAGCACCAUAAUCGCUCCAUCCACUGGACACACCAGUUUGCUGUUCUAGACCAGGUUCAAGAUCCUCAACUUGAAAGCCACUGUAGCCAAAAGUCUGUCAAUGAGAUCCAGUUUGCAGAACUCCUGCCUGAUAAAGAUGUCAUGGAAAACCUUCUCAAGAAUUGGGCUGUCAUUGUCAGUCGAGUGAUAACAAAGUAUUUACCACCUCUCCAAUCAUUUAGAGAUGCUGUAGUGAGACACAUACCACAUGAAUACUCCAAGGAGAUGUCUCAGAAAUCCAACUCUGUGGGUAGAAUUACAUGUUAUAUAUAGUAAUGAUAACAACACCUUUCAUGCCAAUGAAGACUUAUAUUAGAUUCUGAAUUGUGAUUACUUAAUAGUUAUUAUAAAUUACAAAUUAUUUUAAAGAGGAGUGAGAGUGGGGUGUUCCAUAAUCCACUGUAUAUACCAGUCCAUCUUAUUAUUUUCAAAAUGUUGGCAAUGUUACUCUUUUUUUUAAGUUUAAGUAGCCCUCCAUCCCCAAAACAUAUGCGAAAUCACAGAAAUGUUUUAAACUGCAUGAAUGUUCAUCAAUAAAAAAGAAUAACUCUAUUUGCUAUCAUUUUGGAUUAUAACUGGUUGUAUACUUUUCAACUUUUUAGUGCUUCCUUAGUAUGCAGUUUCUCAAUCCCAAUGUUUCUGGGGAGAUGGCCCAACUCCUACAGCACAAUCAAGAGAAGUAUGUGCCUUGCUUGUCUAAUGGGAACAACAAGACCAUUCUUGAACAGGUUUCUCUCCAUGGUGACCAGUUAUUGAAGAACGGGCCAGGAAUGUUAUCUGGACGUAUAGGGAUGGCGUAA